CGGCAAAGUUGCCAAUUUUUAUUUCUACGCAUACCCUUCAAACUUUCCUUUCUAAAUCUUCAUUAUCCGCUAAAUUUCCCAUUAUUUAUUUAUUUAUUUUAACGAAACUCCUUUUGUUCUAUUCUGCGGAAUUGUAAAUCAAAAACCCUAACUUUGUUUGCGCUUGAAUGCCCCCAAUUAUCAACUAUGCAAUUAUCUCACGCGUGAAUUUCCGAAGCUGGGGGAACAACAUCACAGUGAUCUUAAUUUUAUACACGAAAAAACCCUAGAUUUGUAUUGCCCCUAGAGCUUCGAAUUCUGAAGCUUUUUUUUUUUUUUUUUUUGCAUUAGAUUUGAUUUUGUAGGUUUAUGAAAUUGCUUGGAUUUGAUGAUAAAGUUGAGAUCUUUGAACGAUUCAGCCGAUCGGAAUAGCACUUCUCCGAGUUACACAUUUGGGUCAAAAAAUUGGGUCUAAAGAUCAAGGUAUUUAGUUUUUGGGGCAUUGGGAUUUCAGUGAUAUCCUUUAGAAGCUGAAAGAGGUUCAAUGAGGCAUAGAUUUAAUGUGUAAGAGGAUAUUUUCAAUGAAGCAGUUCAGCUAUAGCAGCUACUUGUAGUGGCUUGAUGCUGAGGGCAGUAUGCUGGUUAUAGUCGGAGGAAAUGCGAAGGUAUCAUGCUGGCAGCUGCACUAGUGCAGUGAAUAACAGUACAAUAAGUGGGCCAUCGGCUAGGGACAGUGGGAGAAUUGAUUCAUCUUCCUUGCCAACUAACUUUCCUGUAAGUUCAAGGCGACAACCAUCAUUAAACUCAUACAAGUUGAAGUGUGAUAAAGAGCCCCUGAACUCUAGGCUUGGGCCCCCAGACUUUAACCCUCAAACACCAAAUUGCCCUGAGGAGACUCUCACCAGAGAAUAUUUGCAAUCUGGAUAUAGGGACACAGUUGAGGGGCUUGAGGAAGCCAGGGAAAUAUUGCUGACCCAGAUUCCUCAUUUUAACAAGACAAUUGUCCUUAAUUGCAAAGAGGCCAUUAGAAAACGACUUAGGGCCAUCAAUGAAUCACGCGUUCAGAAGCGGAAGGCUGGUCAAGUGUAUGGAGUGGCCCUAUCAGGAUCACAACUUUCUAAGCCCGGUGUUUUCCCUGAACAAAGGCCGUGUCCUGAAGACUUCCGGAAGAAAUGGAUUGAGGGCUUAUCUCAACAGCACAGGCGAUUAUGUUCUUUGGAUGAUCUUGUUCCUCAAUGUAGAAGGAAAUCAGUUUUAGAUGUUCUUAUUAGGAAUAAUGUUCCUUUGCUGAGGGCAACCUGGUUUGUAAAGGUUACUUACCUCAAUUUGGUUCGUCCUGGUUCUGCCAGUGUUCCUUCUGGGACUAAUGACAAAACACAACUUUCUUGUUCCGAGCUUUGGACCAAAGAUAUUAUUGAAUACAUGCAAACUCUUCUGGAUGAUUUUUUCUCAAAAAAUACUUCUCAAUCUACUCCUCAUAAUCGAGAUCAAUCACCUCAAAUGUCUUAUGCUACGUCACUUAAGCACAGAAGUAGCCAAUUAUUACCUGUUUCUGAUGGUGAAGAACCAUCUUUACAUUUUAGAUGGUGGUAUGUUGUUCGGCUUCUGCAGUGGCAUCACACUGAAGGACUGCUUCUUCCUUCUCUUGUCAUUGACUGGAUUUUUCAUCAACUACAGGAAAAGCAAUUGCUUGAAAUUUGGCAGCUGUUUUUGCCUAUUGUAUAUGGCUUCUUAGAAAUUGUUGUUCUAUCUCAAACAUAUGUACGUACUCUUGCUGGAGUAGCACUUAGUAUCAUUCGUGAUCCUGCUCCAGGUGGAUCGGAUCUAGUAGAUAAUUCCAGGAGGGCAUAUACGGCUGCUGCUCUGAUUGAGAUGCUCCAGUAUUUAAUAUUUGCAGUUCCAGAAACUUUUGUUACUUUGGAUUGCUUUCCUUUGCCGUUCUCUGUAGUUUCACAUACAAUUAAUGAUGGUAAUUUUGUACCAAAAGCAAUUGAAGCUGCAGAAAAGAUAAAAAAUAGUUCAGAAGAUGUUGUGUGUACAUUUAGAAGUAAAGGCCUUGAUGCAAAAUACGAAUCACUUGCAUUUGGUCGUGUUAUUUCGUGCAUUCAAAAACAUGCAGAAAAUCUCACAAAGGCUGUAAGCCCAGGCUAUCCAGGUCACUGCCUGGCUAAAGCUGCACAAGCCUUGGAUAAAUCUCUUGUACUUGGUGAUAUACGUGGAGCAUACACCUUUCUCUUUGAAGACCUAUAUGAUGGACGUUCAUCCGAAGGUUGGGUUGCAAAAAUUAGCCCUUGCUUAAGGUUAUCACUGAAGUGGUUUGUGAAUGUAAAUUCAUCACUUGUUUAUUCAGUAUUUUUCCUUUGUGAAUGGGCAACAUCCGAUUUUAGGGAUUUUCGGACUGCUCCUCCUUGUGAUAUAAAGUUCACGGGUAAGAAAGAUCUUUCCCAAGUGCAUAUAGCAGUUAGACUUUUAAAGAUGAAGCUGAGGAAUAUGCAUAUUUCAUCAAGGCAAAGGAAUGAAAACACUCAUCAUGGAGUUGACUAUUCAGCAAAAUGUUCAAGUCAGCACAUUAAUUGGAAUAAUGCAUCCAAAAUAAAAUCUAGCUCAAAAAGUAUGAACCAGAGUAUCUGUUCUUCAGUUAUAUUUGAAAGCCCGGGUCCUCUACACGAUAUCAUAGUUUGUUGGAUUGAUCAGCAUGUAGUGCAUAAAGGAGUAGGCUUCAAAUGCUUGCAUCUCUUUAUAGUGGAACUAAUUCUGGCUGGCAUCUUUUACCCUUUGGCUUAUGUACGCCAGCUGAUAGUGAGUGGGAUCAUGGAUACAAGUGUAAAUAUGGUUGAGCUAGAGAGACAAAAGAGACAUUGUCAAAUAUUGAAGCAGCUUAGUGGGAACUUCGUUCGUCAUGCUUUGGAAGAAUCAGAGAUUAUUGAAGGACCACUACUUAUUGAAGCCUUACAUGUUUACUUGAAUGAGCGACGCCUCAUACUUCGUGGUUCCUUUAGCGAGAACCACAUCAAUGGUAGUAGUAGGGCCAAUAAUUCCACUGUCAAUAAAAAACAUUGUACAUCUUCAGCAAAAGAUGGAUUUUCUACGGUAUCAAUUGAUCAACAGAAAACUGUUCCUUCAAAUAAAAUAUCUGAUAAAGUUGAGAAGGAUAACACUUGUGUUGAAAACCUGAAGACAGCCAUUUCAGUAUUGUUACAACUACCAAAAAGUUUACCUAAUCCAAAUACUACCGAACUGGGGGAAUCUCAAGGUAGUGUCAAAAGACUUGUUAGGUGUUACAGCAAAAUUGAUCUCAUGGAGGCUACACCUGGGUGUGAAGAAUGUAGAAGAGCAAAGAAACAAAAAUUGAGUGAGGAAAGAAGUUCAUUGGACGUCGAAGAUACAUGGUGGGUGAAGAAGGGGCUAAAAUCCUUGGAGCCUCUCAAAGUUGAUCAACCACUUAAGACAACUAAGCAAGUUACCAAGAGUCGGCAUAAGACUGUACGGAAAACCCAAAGUCUUGCUCAACUGGCUGCUUCUAGAAUUGAGGGUAGCCAAGGGGCAUCAACAAGUCACGUGUGUGAUAUUAAGGUAAGCUGCCCUCACCAUAGAACUGCUAUGGAUGGGGAUACGGCGAAGUCGGUUGAUGGAAUCCGAACUAGUCAAUAUCAGGAUAUUGUUUCACUAGGAAGAGCACUGAAACGCCUUCGCUUUGUUGAGAAAAAGGAAAUAACAGUUUGGCUGAUGACUGUAAUUAGGCAGUUUAUUGGCGACUCUGAAAAAAGUAUCGGUAAAGUUGGCCAGUUUGGCAGGCCUGUAACCACUAUGGAUGAUAGAAGUUCAAUACGGUGGAAACUUGAGGAGGAUGAACUUUCUGCUAUACUUUAUCUGAUGGAUGUCUCAGACGAUUUAGUACCAGCCAUCAAAUUUCUCCUGUGGUUGCUACCAAAGGUUUGCAGUAGCUCAAAUUCUACAAUUCAUAGUGGAAGAAACGUUUUAAUGCUAGCAAGGAAUGUGGAUAACCAAGUUUGUAAUGUUGGAGAGGCCUUUCUGCUAUCAUCGCUGAGAAGGUAUGAGAACAUUCUUGCUUCAGCAGAUCUUAUUCCUGAAGCUCUGUCGUCUGUAAUGGAUCGGGCUGCAGCUAUUAUUGCCUCUAAUGGACGAGUUUCAGGUUCAGGAGCCCUAGCUUUUGCCCGUUAUUUGUUGAAAAAAUAUAGCAAUGUGGUCAGUGUCAUUGAGUGGGAGAAAAAUUUCAAAACUACAUGUGAUAAGAGACUUGCUUCUGAAUUUGAGUCUGGAGGACGAUUAGUUGAUGGAGAGUUUGGGCUUCCCCUUGGCGUUCCUGCAGGAAUUGAAGACCCGGAUGAUUAUUUCCGUCAAAAGAUAAGCGGUGGCCGGUUACCAUCCAGGGUAGCUUCAGGCAUGAGAGAUGUUGUACAACGUAAUGUGGAAGACGCGUUUCACUAUCUUUUUGGAAAGGACAGAAAGCUCUUUGCUGCUGGUUCACCAAAAGGUUUCUCUUUAGAAAAAUGGGAUAAUGGAUAUCAAAUUGCUCAACAUAUAGUUAUAGGUCUGAUAGAUUGCAUUAGGCAGACCGGUGGUGCUGCUCAAGAAGGAGAUCCCUCUUUGGUCACUUCUGCUGUUUCUGCCAUUGUUGGCAGUGUUGGUCCAUCUUUAGCAAAAUUGCCUGAUUUUUCCGCUGGCAAUAAUCAUCCAAAUAUCUCACUGGCAACAAGUUCAUUGAACUAUGCUAAAUGCAUUCUUCGAAUGCAUAUAACAUGUUUGUGUCUGCUUAAGGAAGCCUUGGGAGAGCGCCAGAGCUGUGUAUUUGAUAUUGCUCUUGCAAUAGAAGCUUCAAAUGCUCUUGCUGGGGUUUUUGCUCCAAGUAAAGCAUCUCGAAGUCAGUUUCAAAUGUCACCUGAAACCGAUGAUACUAGUGCAACUAUGUCAAAUGAUGUUGUAAAUAGUUCUAGUAAAAUCGUGCUCGCCAGAACAACGAAAAUUGCUUCUUCCGUUUCUGCACUUAUUGUUGGUGCAAUUAUAUAUGGUGUUACUAGCCUGGAGAGAAUGGUAACCAUUCUCAGGUUAAAGGAGGGUCUGGAUGUAGUUCAGUUUGUAAGAAACUCAAGAUCCAAUUCAAAUGGAAAUGCACGAUCAACUGGGGCUAUUAAGGUGGACAGUUCAGUUGAAGUGCAUCUCCAUUGGUUUAGAUUGCUUGUUGGAAACUGCAGAACCAUAUGUGAAGGCUUAGUGGUGGAUCUCUUGAGUGAACCAUCAAUUGUAGCCUUUUCAAGAAUGCAGCGUACACUUCCUCAAAGAUUGGUAUUCCCGCCUGCCUAUUCAAUAUUUUCCUUUGUUAUUUGGCGGCCCUUCAUUACGAGCGCCAAUGUAGCAAAUCGUGAAGACACAAAUCAGCUUUAUCAGACUCUAACAAUGGCCAUAAAUGAUGCAAUGAAGCAUUUGCCUUUUCGUGAUGUAUGUUUAAGAGAUUCGCAGGGUCUUUAUGAUCUUAUAGCUGCAGAUACAAGUGAUUUAGAGUUCGCAAACUUGCUAGAGUUGAAUGGCUCUGAUAUGCGUUUAAAUUCCACGGCGUUUGUUCCGCUUUGUGCUAGGCUUUUUUUAAAUGCCAUGGUUGAUUGUAAGAUGCCACAGUCUAUUUAUACAAAGGACGGUGGAAGCUGCAUUUCUGGGCACGGUGAAUCUAAAAUUCAUUUUACUGACAGUGAGUCUAAGCUUCAGGAUCAGCUUGUAGAUGUUUUAGAGGCUCUGCAACCUGCCAAAUUCCACUGGCAAUGGGUUGAACUCAGGCUGCUUUUAAACGAGCUGGCCCUCAUUGAAAAACUGCAGACACACAACGUGUCCUUAGCUGAUGCUAUACAGUUGUCUUUACCGAGUUCUGAGAAGGCUGCUGCUUCUGAGAAUGAGAACAAUUUUAUUCAAAUACUGUUCACAAGGUUACUUGUUAGACCAGAUGCUGCACCCCUUUUCUCGGAGUUGGUUCAUCUUUUUGGGAAGUCGCUUGAGGAUUCUAUGUUGUUGCAGGCUAAAUGGUUCCUUGGAGGUGAAGAUGUCCUCUUUGGUCGUAAGACCAUUAGGCAACGACUAAUUAACAUUGCGGAGACCAAAGGAUUUUCUGUUAAGCCCCAUUCUUUGGAGCCCUGGGGUUGGUGCAGCCCAUCUACUGAUCCGUUAACUAUAAAAGGAGGUAAAAGGAAAGUUGAUUCUCUGUCUCUUGAAGAAGGAGAAGUUGUUGAAGAGGGAGUGAAUGUGAAAAGGUCCAUAAAAGGGUUCUCUCAAGUGUUUGACUCUGAAGGCUCAACCAUUAAGCAGCAGCAUGGGACGGAGAGGGCUUUUCUUGAAUUAAUUCUUCCAUGCAUAGAUCAAAGCUCCAAUGAAUCUCGCUAUUCAUUUGCAAGUGGUUUGAUCAAACAAUUAAGUUAUAUUGAGCAACAAAUAGCUGUAGUUACUUGCGGUCCAGGUAACCCAGCAGCAAGUAUGCCUGUGACCGAAGGUCAGACAAAUAAAGGAAAUAGCCGCAAAACUAUAAAAGGUGGCAGCCUUGGAUUAGCCAGGCGACCUACAUCUUCAACAGAUUCUUCUCCGCCUUCUCCUGCAGCUUUACGAGCCUCAAUGUCAUUGCGUAUCCAGUUACUCAUGAGAUUCCUUCCCAUUCUUUGCACAGAUGGGGAGCCCUCGGUGCGGAACAUGAGACGCACACUUGCCUCUGUAACUCUUCGAUUACUUGGCAGUAGAAUUGUGCUUGAGGAUGCAAACAUUUUGGUUAAUGCCACACACUCUUCUCUGUCAAAAAAGGAUGCGGAGUCACCUUCUAAAGUUGCUUAUGCUGCUUUUGUAGAUUCUUCUGUUGAGGGACUUUUUGAACGAUUGUUGUUGAUGUUGCAUGGUUUGUUGAGUAGUAGUCCUCCAAGCUGGCUUAGGUUGAAACCUGUUUCAAAGACAACAACUAAUGAACCGACAAGAGAUUUGUCUGGAGUUGAUCGCGAGUUGUUGGAGACUUUGCAGAAUCACUUGGACAACAUGCAACUGCCAGACUCUAUCCGGUGGCGUAUCCAAGCUGCAAUGCCUCUACUCCCUCCCUCUACACGGUGCUCUUUCUCUUGCCAGCCACCAUUUGUUCCAAAUUCUUCUCUUGUAUCUCUUCAACCCAACAUUACGAAUUCUGGGUUUAACUACAGUAGUGUAGCUAUUCCUCAGAGGAGCCCAGUUCCACUAUCAAGAACUGCAGCAUCAGGGAAGUCAAAACAACAGGAUGAUGAUUUUGAAGUUGACCCCUGGACGCUUUUAGAGGACGGUGCCGGAUCUUGCCCUUCUGCAAGUAAUGUUGGAAAUGGCGACCGUGUUAAUAUUCGAGCAGCCAGUUGGCUUAAAGGGGCUGUAAGGGUGAGAAGGACAGACCUUACUUACGUUGGUGCUGUGGAUGAAGAUAGUUGAUAACAAGAUUUUUGAUUGGUUUUGGAGUAUUCAAAGCAAAACCUUCAGCAGGUGUAUUUGUUGUUUCAUUAUCUAUUUUUGAUGCAUGAUUGGCGAAAAGUUGCCAUUUUGUGCUUGCCUUUCUUGUGUUGAACUUGAAGGUACAUCAUUUUGAGAAAAAAGUGCAAGGGAUGGAUUCUUUGGUGAAGAAAAGUGAAGAUGAUUUCACUAGUUCAUCCUGUGUUGGUCUCGGCCUUGUUAACUUCUAACCUGUUGAUCACCACCCCCUCUCAAUCUAGACUUGUGCACUUUCUUGCACAGGUUAAGGGGUUUGUUGUAUAUAUAUAGGAUGAUUUGUUACACUUUUCCAAUUUUAUUUUGAGUGAAGUAUCUCAAGUGAUUUGUAGCUGUUUUUUUCUUCUCAUUCAUGUCUUUCUGUGUGAGCUCUAUUUAGGAGGCCACAUGCACACAAGAAGGCACUUAACCAAUUUUUUCAAAUUUUUUGUAUAUUCACAUUAUCAAAAUUAUGUAGGCUUUCAUACGGAGAAUCUGCAUGAAAAGCAACAAAAUUAUUUACUAGCAAGUCCAUACAAAACUUCACAAA